AUGGAUUUGAAAUAUCUUUAAUUGAAGCACCUAUAAAGGAACAUAUUAAAUUUUUAGAUAUUAUUAUUUAAUUUUCUGAUCAUUUCCUUUAAGAGUUCCUCAGAUAGCAAGGUAAAUUAAUUAAUUAUUAUCAUCCUUUCGUACCUGACCAUAUAUUUAUAUUAUGAACCUAAUUUUUAGAUGAGCAAACAAAAUUAGACUUUCAUAGUUAGCGAUCAUUCAAGACCAUUCCUACAUAGUUAUCACCCAGAUGACAAUAUAGGCAAAAAGUUAGUAAUAUCAUAAAGUUCCGAGUUGGGGGGAGCCAUAUUCAGUAGUGUUGAUGUAACAAUUAAACAUUAAAAAAUAGGUUGAAUAGAGGAAACCUAAAUAAGUACUUCAAAAAGAAUAUGAUGCGAAAAGCAUAAGAUAUGCAAAUGAAGAUUACUCAUAUUUAGCAAAUUUGUUGUUGAGCAGAUUUUCACAGUUAGAUGCAGCAAUACCUAUUGCUACUCAAUUUCCAUUAUUUAAAAUGUUAAGAGGUGUGACUAAAAAAUUUAUGUUUAAUGAAUUGGAAAUCAUAUUCUUUUUACAUACAAUUGAAGAAUAGAAAUGGAGAUAUGAUGAUCAAUUGAUAUCAGAAUUCUAAGUUCACUUUAAAUAAGAUUUUCUUAGCAAUUAAGAAGUAUUAAUUAUUUAUAUAAUUUAUAUUAGAAUUAGAAUGUUGAAGGAUUCAAAAAGUUAUUAUUAUUUUUAAUCUGCUGUGGAUAUACUAUCAAGUGUUUUUUUAAUGAUUCUAAUGAUUAAGAAAUCAUUUUAAUAAAUGAUCAUAUCUAACAAUAUUGUUAAAAAGAGUAAUAAUAUAUAAAUUAUAAUAGCUUUAAAAAGACACUUCUUGAUUAAUGGAGAUAAAAACAUAUGAAUUGCUCUCUCAAAAUUGUUCCUAGAAUCAUAAAUAAAUUGUAUAAUAAAUUAAUGAGAAUACCUAAAGAUGGAAAAUAAGAGUUAUAAUAAGAUUAUAAUGCUUUAGUAGAUUAAAUCAUAUAGAUAUCUCCUGCUUACAAUAGUUAAGAAGCGAAAUAAGUAAAACAAGAAGUUAAACCUAUAUAAAUAUAACAACCUCCUUAAUAGCCAGCGCCUAUUAAUUAUAGUUAAUAGACAUAAUAAUCUUUUUAAUAAUAGGCCUUCAUGAACAAUUCAGGUUUAUACAUGCAAUUUUCUUAAUCACAAAUUCCUUAAUAGCCAGUUUAGCCUUCUUAUUAUUAAAAUUUUCCAUUGAAUAAUUAAGAUUUCUGUGAUUCCAAUAUCAAUGAAAACCUAUUUGGAAAUUCAACUAAAAUCAAAGAAGAAAUGAUGAUGCCUCCAAUGCCUCCCCCACCUUUAUUGAGUUAAUCUUCUAAUUAUAAAUAACAAUGAUAAAUUAAAUUAAUC